CCUGGAAGAGCUCCGCCCCGCGGCGUGCAGGUAAGACUCCACCGCAGGGGGAGGGGUUUAGGUCUGAACAAGAACCUUUUUGUCUACGUGACGUCACACGACCGCGAGGAGCGGGCUGUUAUCGCUCACCUGAGACAGGUGGGGGUCCUGCAGCAGUAUGGUGGAUGUCUCUGUGAAGAGUGAAGCUGCGUGGGUGUGUCCGGCAGCGGGCCGGCACCUGGCCCAGGUGUUGCUUCCUCUUCCUCUCAGUCACGAAGAGGAGCUCAGCCAGUCUGAUGAAGAACAGACUGAAGGAUGGGACCCCGUGCUGUUGGAGCAGGUGGAGGACGGCCAUCCUUGCGUCCUGACGUUGCGCUGCAGCCCAGACUCCUGCACCGCCAUCCGCCGCCUGGUGCUCAUCACUGAGGCUCGAACUAUGGAGGUGUACGACCAGAGCGGAGAGUACUGCGGGACGGCGCGGGGGUCUAAGACCGACCGGGUCGUUUCUGACAGUGCUGACAGAGGUCCGUUCUUCAGCAAACAGCUGCUCCUGGAGCGUCCCUCCUCAGCCUGUGAGGUGAAGCUGCUCUCUCUAGCGGGGCGAAGCAGUGUUCUGGUGGGUCGCAUCAUAGUGGGCCUGCAGUCCCUGCAGCCCCGCCCACUCCCCAUCUCCAGCAUCGACUUGCAGCGCGUGCAGGGCCUGGUCGAGGAGAUGGGGGCCACACUGUCUCCGGGGGCCCAGAACCUGAUGGAGAUGGUGCAGUUUCAGCAGCAUAACUCCAGCGGCUCUCUAGGCAGCUUCCUGCCGCUCCUGAUGGGAGGAGGAGCUCUGUCGGCCCUGGCUGAAGGAGGUGGGGUGUCCUCCAUCAGGAGGCAGCCCCCCCCUGAAGCCUCCCUGCCCACAGACUGCUUCAGCUCAGCAGAACUAACUCCAUUAGCAGAGAACAGAGGGAAGUCUGAAGGCUCCGCCCCUCCCGCACCCCCCCAGCUCAAUGGAAACAAGAUGAACACAGAAAACGGCCUUCCACUAAGCCCCGCCCACCUGACAACCGUGAUGUCAGACCUCCUGAAACAGCAGGGUUGCGGCGAGGUGCUGAGCCCCGACCUGCUGCCCGUGCUGCAGAGCGUCUGCGGUCAGGUGACGAGGCUGCGGCUGGACAGUGCUCCGGCGGCUGAGAGGGAGAGUGAGCUGAGGAACGGCUGCUGGAAGCUGGAUCCAGCGAUGGAGCAGCGGCUGGAGGAGAUGGAGAGGAGGCUGAAGGAGCACAUGGACCGCCGCUUGGAUGCCCUGGAGCAGAAACUAGAGAAGGUGCUGCUGAGCGCCCUGCCCAUGAUGGUGCUGAAGAACGGCGCGGCAGGCGCCGGCGAGCAGAUCGCCCACACGCCUUGUGUACAGCAAAGCUAAAGACUAACCCAGGAGGCGGCGCUGCACUGACGCUCCUUAACCCUGCACGAGCAGACUCGGAAACUCCGCCAGCGGUUGGAUUAACCCUCAGUGAGAUUUUUUGUGGUUCCUCAUCGUCUCUCCACUUUGAGAGCGCCCUGCUCAGCUUCACGCUAGAAACACUAAACUCUGAAGAGUCUUAACUGUUAAGGUGUGACGCCCUCGAUCUGAGACGUUUGUCUGUAACGCUCACGCUCGUCUGUAACAUGCUGAAGCAAAUGUGACGGUUGUUAAAAGAUCAGGAGAUGAUGUCAUCAGAGGUGCUUUUUCUAGAAUUAUUUACUGACAGCAAAGUACUUCCAAACUGUAACAGAUUUCACUGUAUUUGUUAUUGUUGUUCAAAAGUAAUCUAUUACUUUUUACUACUA